AACCGAUCUUUUUCUCGAAUGGGUCCAGAAAUUCGAUCACUUUUGUCGAAUCAAAAAAAUAAACACCCUAUUGCUUGUGGACAAUGCGAGUUCACAUAUAGAUCCCUCACGACUCAUUCAAGAAAAUGGAGGUCGUACAUCAG